GUUAAAAUUGAAAGUGCUGAACGAAACAAACGGUAAAGGAUGCGAAGUUGGAUAAAAUUGUUGCUAGUGCUGGGUGUCAGUGUGGUCACAGUGCUUUGUGAAGAAUCGUCAACCGAACAAGCCUCGAAAGAUGUUGACGAGGGGCGAGCGCGCCGAAAAAAGUUUUAUAAGUUUUUGCUGCAUGCAUUGACUCCCAUGAUCUCCUCGGUAUCCCAGAUCAUGCUGAUCAAGGUCAAAGUGAUUUUGAUCGGUCUUUUUUUAGUUGGACUCUACUUCUUUGGGCACAAACUAUUUCCAGGUGGUUUUUGCGGGCACUCAACUGUCUCUGAUGUGGCCCCACCGUACUUGGGUGAUUACGGCGGAAUCACGGGGUAUCACUCGGCGGGUCCGGAUAUAAUUUCUAGCUAUCCUGGUCCGGAACCGUUUGGCUAUAGUGGUUCAUACCUUUCCCCAGCGGGAGGAUCAUCUCCACCUACUUCAUCCGGGAUAGUAUCGGCCAUAUCGCCUUUCUCUGGUGGACCACCAGCGACGAAGAACGGUUCCCGGCGCAGACGUGAUUUGAACAAUCGAGAGGAUGACGAGCUGCUGGAUAACGAAAUUUACUGGACCGACCAGUUAACGGAAAUGGGAUUCCGAUUUCUUGGCGUAAAUGAGCGAGUUUGCCGGAAGCGAUUUGUGUGCGAAUUUGACUUCCACGCGCGAGGCAAUCCGAUUCUGCUGUUCGCUACCAGAGCGAUGGGUCGCGACAUUUUCCAUAAUUACCGAGACCUGGGUGACGAACGAGCCCGGUACUAUAAGGACUGUGGUCGAAUCUACGCCGAUUGUGCAGUUCCGAAGAAAAAACCACAACAUUACACCCGUCGUAGGGGACAGUUUCCUCGUACGACUACGACUACGGAAGCACCAGUAACAGAAGAAUCGUCCGCAUCGGUUGAGGUGGAAGAUGAAACCGUGAAUGAAAUUUCGGCGGCAGGUGAAAAAGCUCACAGAAGUCAGCGGAACGAGUGGCAACCCAUUACCUCCGGCCCACUGGGGAAACAAAUCUUGCGGCGUACCUGGAGCCAAACCGAGAGGGCAAAUUAGCCCAUAGCGUGAUAGAACGAACAAUGCGUGUGGUGCGUGUAAAUAAUUGACUUAUUUAAUUAAUUUAUUGACUUGUGACUAGCCUAAUAAGUAAGCAAACCGUAACGGUAAAAAAAUAAACGUGAUU